CAACUGGUUUACUCAUUGAGACAACAUUUGGAUGCAUCAAAUCAAGACAGUGAUGGAGAUAUGCCUUUCUUCAGUUUUAGUUCUCUAAAGAAUGCUACAGAUGACUUCUCAGAUGCUAAUAAACUUGGAGAAGGCGGGUUUGGUCCAGUUUACAAGGGAAAGCUGAUGGAUGGUGAGGAAGUAGCUGUGAAAAGACUAUCAACAAAAUCAAAUCAAGGAUACGAAGAGUUCAAGAAUGAAGCAAAGGUCAUCUGGAAGCUUCAACAUAAGAAUCUGGUUAGACUACUGGGAUAUUGUGUGGAAGGAGAAGAAAAACUUCUAAUCUAUGAGUACAUGGCAAAUACAAGUCUUGAUGCUUUCUUGUUUGAUCCAUUGAAGUGCAAACAACUCGACUGGCUCAAGCGCGAAAACAUUCUCAAUGGGAUUGCAAGAGGAAUUCUGUAUCUCCAUGAAGAUUCUCGACUCAAAAUCAUCCAUAGGGAUUUGAAAGUGAGUAAUGUACUGUUAGAUGAGGAGAUGAAUCCAAAAAUAUCAGAUUUUGGAACUGCUAGGAUAUUUGGAGGCAAGCAAAUGGAUGCCAGCACCAAUAGAAUAGUUGGAACAUAUGGGUAUAUGGCGCCAGAGUAUGCUAUGGAGGGAGUUUUCUCAGUUAAAUCCGAUGUAUACAGUUUUGGAGUUCUAAUCCUGGAGGUGAUCAGUGGGAGAAAGAGCAUUGGUUUUCUAAACAUGGACAGAGCGCAGAACCUUCUGUCAUAUGCAUGGGAGCUAUGGAAUGAAGGUAGAGCAGAAGAAAUGAUAGAUGAGAACCUGGCUGGAGAUUAUCGUGAGAGUGAGGCCGUAAAAUGGAUCCAGAUUGGCUUGCUGUGCGUGCAAGAAGAUGCUAACACCAGACCCACCAUGUCAAUGGUUGUUCUAAUGCUUGGAAGCCAGUCGGUUCACCUUCCUCAGCCCUCAAAACCUCCAUUUCUUACAGGUCGAGGAAGAAGUUCGUCUCUUUAUCUGCUACACCAAACCCAAAUCAUGUUCUGUUUCCUCAAUUACAGAUCUUCGCCAGUUUCGUUGCUACUUCUGAUUUCAAUCUUUGGGAUUAGCCUCUCCCAUCAUUUCGAACCAAGAUAUAGGUUCCACAUCUGUUCAACGCCAAGUAAUAUCACAACCAACUCUAAUCUGGGUUCGGAUCUCAUUGGUAUACUGGGUUCUUUAUCCGAAGCUUCCUCCGACAGCUUCUACAAUAGAACUUUCAAUGGAAUGUACGGCCUCGUACUCUGUCGUGGAGAUAUUCCCAACGAUUACUGUCACAGUUGUGUCAGUACCGCAAGCAUAGAUGUGAGGGAUCGAUGCCCUCUAAGAGUAAACGCCACAAUAUGGUACGAUGAAUGCAUGCUUAGAUACUCAGACAAGAACUUCUUCGGAACCGUAGAGAUCUCCCCGAGAUUCCUCAUGGGCGAUUCAGGGAACCAGACAUCGCCAGAUGAUAGUAAUAUUGAUGGGUCUGCUCUGUUGUCUCAGAUGGUCAGUGAAGCCUCGGUGUUACCGAUGAUGUACAAGGCAAACAAGUUGCAUGGAACAGGCUAUGGAUUGGUUCAGUGCACAAGGGAUCUCAACAGUAGCGCGUGUUAUAAAUGUUUGAUGGCUCUGUUGGAGGAGAUCGGGCAGGUUUACAAAGGGAGAGUGGGGUGGAGAAUUUUGAGCCCAAGUUGUAGCAUAACGUAUGAGAAAUAUCUUUUCUAUUCUCAAUCAGCUUCGCCUCAAGGAUUGAGCGCGAAAAUGAUUGCAGUAAUCAUUAUAUCAACAGUUGCAGCAGUAGCAUUUCUUGCAAGUCUGUUGUGUUGUUUACUUCUGUCAAAGAAGAGAAGACAACAUCCAGAGAUGGACACAGGUGAACAAGUUCUGUUGCGAAAUUUGGGAGAUGUUAAGUCUGCAGAAUUGAUGAAGCAAGAUUUGCAUUCAAGAGAUGGAGACAAUGAUGAAGAGAUGCAUUACUUCAGUUUCAUCACCCUACAGGCUGCCACAAACAACUUUGCAGAUGCAAAUAGACUUGGAGAAGGCGGGUUUGGCCCGGUUUUCAAGGGAAAGCUGAUGAAUGGGGAAGAAAUAGCUGUAAAAAGACUGUCAGUGAAGUCAAGCCAAGGUCAUGAUGAGUUCAAGAAUGAAGUCAUGGUCAUAAUGAAGCUUCAACACAAAAAUCUGGUCAAGCUUUUGGGAUGCUGUCUGGAGGGAGAGGAAAUGCUCCUUGUAUAUGAGUACAUGGCAAACACUAGUCUAGAUGCCUUAUUAUUUGAUCCAGUUAAAUGCAAACAACUCGAUUGGCUUAAGCGCAACAACAUCAUCAAUGGAGUUGCAAAAGGAAUUCUAUAUCUGCAUGAAGACUCUCGGCUCAAAAUCGUUCAUCGGGAUUUAAAAGCUAGCAAUGUGUUGUUGGAUGAUGAGAUGAAUGCAAAGAUAUCAGACUUUGGAACGGCUAGAAUAUUCGGAGGCAAGCAAGUUGAGGCUAGCACCAACAGGGUUGUUGGCACUUUUGGAUACAUGGCACCAGAAUAUGCAAUGGAGGGAGUGUUUUCUGUAAAAUCGGAUGUUUAUAGCUUUGGAAUCUUAAUGCUAGAAGUGAUAAGCGGGAGAAAGAACAGCGGUUUCUUCAAAGUAGACAAUGCACAAAGCCUUCUAUCACAAGCAUGGCAACUAUGGAAGGAAGGCAGAGAAGAGGAAAUGGUUGAUCCGAACCUGGUUGGAGAUUGUUCUUUAAGCGAAGCUCUAAGAUGGAUCCAAAUCGGGCUCCUGUGCGUACAAGAAGACCCUAACAUCAGACCGACCAUGUCAAUGGUCGUUCUAAUGCUUGGAAGCAAAUCGAUUCCUCUUCCUCAACCGUCGAAACCUCCAUUCUUUCCGAUUGGCUUUCCGGCGUCCGCCGGUCAAUCUUCAACGACCUUAGAGGGAACGGGGUAUCUCUCCACACAAUCGUCUACCACAGCUUCUAUCUAGUUAUACGGUUAAGUGGGUCCAUGUAGCUCAGAAACUUGCCCAUCGUCUUCUUCCUCGCGCAAGUCCACGGUCUUCCGGGAUCUGGACCGUAUUAAACACAAGUCGUGCCGUAUUGAGUUAGAGAGCCCAUUUCCUCGUCUGUUGACUCAGUCAUGAUCUUCAACUGUUCAACCACGCUAGGGAAAUUGUUUGCUACGGCAAUUAUUUUACUUUUACAAUGACCCGUUUGGUCGUAAAUUUACUUCCU